AUGGACAUCGAAGAAACUGUUUGUGUAAUACAGCAACUCCCAUUCGAGAUGCUGUGUAAAAUAUUUGAUUACCUCGAUAUAUGGAGCGUGAAGGAGUGUUCUCGUACAUGUCGACGCUGGCAAAAAACCAUUUUUUCCGAUUAUUACAUUAAACGGUUUCGGUUAUCGGUAAUGAUUCCAGCAGGAUGUGAAACGUUAAAUCUAAUACAAAAAUCAGAUCGCUUGUAUUGUAAUAUGGAUAUUAUGUUAGACUGCAAUUUGAACGAUUCAAAUGUUCACCGUAUUUUCAACGGAAUUUAUAGCGUAUUUUGCUACCCAAGGCUGGAACAGUUGGUUACAUUGAAAAUACGGAUCGUUGAAUAUGAAACUAACAGUAUUAGAAUGAUAAUGAAUGCGAUUGCGGGCAUGAAAGUACUUCGAGAACUGUGCCUUGAAAACUGGGAAAAAUAUGGGAUUGAUGAAAGCAACAUGGACAAUUUGCAAAUUCGUAGCAACUCUAUUCAGCUCCUUGUCUUGGCAGAUAUAAUUCCAACUCUUAUAGAAGCGCCAAAACUUUCGUCACUGCGCAUCACUACGGGACCGUCUGUGUUUAGCAGCCAAAGGCUAGACAUUCUGUACGAGAAACAGCUAUUCUCAUGGCGAAUACCUAGCCUAAAAUCUCUGGAAAUCGAUAAAGUUUCUCUAUCUAGCCUAACCUUUAUUAACAACAUAGAACAUGUACUACGGUUCUUGAACAAUCACGCACAACUGGAAAAAUUAAACCUGAUGAAUGUAAAACUUUCUGGCCUGUUGUUCAAAGCAAUCUGCGAAAAUUGCAUCAAUCUAAGAGAAUUAUCAAUUGAAUCAUUGUAUAUCGUCGAUACCACUACAUUGCAAAAUCUUUCCAAGCUUGCUAAGCUUCGUCACCUUCAAUUGAAGAACAUCACAUGCCUUGAACCUGUAUCGUUUCAAACCGUGAGGUUGCCCAACCUGGAGUCACUGGGAAUCGGAUCUUUCCCACUACACUAUGAAACGUUAGAUGCAUUCAAAUCUAUUAGCAAAAUUACUAUUCUGAGCGUAAACACUUCAACGGAUUUCAUGACCGCCCUUGCUAUUAAAAUACCGAAGCUGAAACAGGUUGAACUACCAAAAUUUUCUUCACAAGCAAUACAAUCAUUGCAAUUGCUCACUAGUGUAGAAGUACUCAUUGUAGCAUUUCCAAUAACAAACUUGAUUCGUCUACGGCCAGGCAUUACUACGAUCAAAGAAAUCCAAUGCCUAGUGAAUUGUACACCUUCGUCCUCUGAUAUUACAAUAUUGCGCACCCUUUAUCCCACAUUACAGCUCAUCACAGCUGGGAAAAACUUUAAAAUCAGGUUCCACAACUGA